GGCCAGGAAAGCGCCGGCGUCCGUGCAUCAUGGCCAUGCAGUACCUGGGUAAGGGGAGGACGCUGGUGACCAGAAGUAUGAUGGCUCAGCCAGAUUCAGACUAUAAGGAAGAGGCAUCUCUAAAGGAAGAUUUAAAGUUCUAUUUUAUGAAUCCAUGUGAAAAAUACCGAGCCAGACGUCAAAUACCAUGGAAACUGGGGCUACAGAUAUUGAAAAUAGUUAUGGUUACCACCCAGCUUAUCCUUUUUGGUUUGAGUAAUCAAUUAGUGGUUUCCUUCAAAGAAGAGAACACAGUUGCAUUCAAGCAUCUGUUUCUGAAAAACUACUCUGGUGUUGAUGAAGAUGACUACAUCUGCAGUGUGUACACACAGCAAGAUGUUUAUGACAGCAUCUUUUUUGCAAUUAAUCAGUACCGGCAACUGAAAAAUAUAUCACUGGGUAUACUUGGUUAUGAGCAAGAUGAAGACGAACUAUCGGGCUUGCAGAUAUGUAAACAGCAAUACAGGAAAAGCAAAAUGCUUCCUUCCAAUGACACGCUGAACAUAGACAGUACUAUUGAAACAGAAUGCAUCCUCCUAGAGCCACAAGUACUGGCUGUUAAGGAAACGAGUGAUUUGAAGAAUUCAUCGUUUUUCAGCCUUGAAUUUUAUAGGCUUAUAGAAGUUGAACUUUCUUUUAAACUAAAAGGUAUUGAUCUACAAACCAUUCAUGCCCGUGAACUUCCUGAUUGCUAUGAAUUUCAGAAUACAAUCACUUUUAACAAUAGAGCCCACAGUGGUAAGAUGAAAAUAUUUUUUGAUACUGAUGCUGAUAUUGAGGAAUGCAAAGACUUGAACAUAUCUGGUUCUAUUCAGAAAAAAACACAGUAUAUCUUGGUUUUUGAUGGGUUCGUCAUUGUGAGCUGCUUUGCUUCUCUUAUUCUCUGCACACGAUCCAUUGUUCUUGCUCUGAAGCUGCAAAAAAGAUUUGUGAACUUCUUCCUGGAGAAAUAUAAGCGCCAUGUGUGCAGCGCAGAUCGCCUGGAAUUUAUAAAUGGGUGGUAUGUCCUGGUGAUUAUCAGUGAUAUGAUGACUAUAAUUGGUUCUAUAAUGAAAAUGGAAAUAAAAGCCAAGAACCUUGCAAGUUAUGAUGUUUGCAGCAUUUUGCUUGGUACAUCUACUUUAUUCGUUUGGGUUGGAGUCAUCCGAUACUUGGGCUACUUCCAGACUUAUAACGUACUCAUUUUAACCAUGCAAGCCUCAUUACCAAAAGUUCUAAGAUUCUGUUGUUGUGCUGGGAUGAUAUACCUUGGUUACACUUUCUGUGGUUGGAUUGUUCUAGGGCCAUACCAUGAAAAGUUUGAAGAUCUGAACACAGUAGCAGAAUGUCUGUUUUCUUUGGUCAACGGUGAUGACAUGUUUGCUACGUUUGCUCAAAUUCAGCGGAAGAGUACUUUGGUGUGGCUGUUCAGUCGGCUAUACCUGUAUUCCUUCAUUAGCCUCUUCAUUUAUAUGAUCCUUAGUCUUUUUAUUGCACUCAUUACAGACUCCUAUGACACCAUAAAGAAAUAUCAGCAGAGUGGCUUCCCAGUGACAGAUCUUCAUGAAUUUCUAAAAGAAUGUGGCAGUGAAGAAUACAGCACAGGACCACGGACAUCCAUGAGUCUCUGUUGCUGUAGGAGAUGGAAAAGUGAUGAUGACUUGAUACUUAUUAACUGAAGAUUGGUGAUACUCUGUGGUGCUGGCCUAAAUUAUUGCACAUGAGGAACAAACUGCUGUGGAUAGCUGACGCUCUGGAUUGCAAACACACCAUGCCAUUUUGGCUGUGGGUUCUCUACAGACUACCGGCCUUAACUUAUGGCAAGCACAGAUGCGAUCAAGAGGAUGUCUUCCUGAUGACCAAACUACAAAAAUGUGAACUAUGUAUUGAGCUAGAAUCAAGCAAACAGAUGAUUACCAUUUCAGCCUUUUGAAGU